GCCACGUCACAUUACCGUACUAUAUCUUUUCGUUUUUAUUCCCCUUCCCUUCCUUAUUCAUUCAUUCUUCAUAGCACCGAUCACACAUCUAUUAUAUAUAUCUUUAUCUAUACUAUAUAUAUAUACAUGAAUGAAUGUAUAUUAUUUUGAUUAAAUUAAAUGAUGGAAGAUCAAAAUUACUUGGUUAAUUUGAUCGAUUUCGUCAACAAACCAGCCUUAAUCGAAACAUUUGUCGACAUAUUCUUAUGUGUGGUACCGAUAUGGCUAGCCGUAAUGAUCGGAGUCGUGAUCGGGUGGGCCUGGACGCCACGCUGGACGAGCCUCGUCUUUCUAGGCUUCCGUUCGAAACUACGAGGGUUUGCGUGGACCGCGCCACCUGGAUUCGGUGCUCGCCGGCUUUGGUUAGCUUUUACGGCGUUAUCUGCCUUUUCCGUUGGUCGUCGGAUGUGGUCAAACUUCCGUGAGAAAGAACAGCGGAUGGAUGACGUGUCAUCACCACGUCCGGUGGCUGGUACGCAACCGGUGACUGAUGGACAGUUUGGUGAUGGAAGUAGCGUUGAUAUUAAGUGCAGCAUAAUUAACUCAGGAGGAGACCAUGAGGUUGUUACAGAUAAGGAUCUAGAAUAUUUGUUGCAUCUUCUUGAUGGUAAGGAUGCUGUGUGGCAGAAUAUGAUUGAACGCUCCACUCCCAACAUGGCUUGUCAAGCUUGGCGCUAUGAGCCUGAGACUGGCCCUGUUGUCUACCGUAGCCGAACUGUGUUUGAGGAUGCAACACCAGAGCUGGUUAGAGAUUUCUUUUGGGAUGACGAGUUCCGACCUAAGUGGGACCCGAUGCUAACUUAUGUUAAGAUAUUGGAAGAGUGCCGUCAUUCUGGGACCAUGAUUGUCAACUGGAUAAAAAAGUUCCCAUUUUUCUGCAGUGAUAGAGAAUAUGUCAUCGGUCGUAGGAUAUGGGAAGCUGGCAAGACUUACUACUGUGUUACUAAGGGAGUGCCUUAUCCAGCUCUCCGUCGACGCGACAAGCCUAGGCGAGUGGACCAUUACUUCUCGAGCUGGGUGAUCAGGCCUGUUCAAUCCCGAAAAGGGGAUGGAGUGUUCUCAUCGUGUGAAGUUAUACUAUUACAUUGUGAAGACAUGGGGAUCCCUAGAGAUGUAGCUAAGUUAGGAGUUCGCCAUGGAAUGUGGGGAACUGUAAAGAAGCUACAUGGUGGGUUUAGAGCUUAUCAAAGUGCACGAAAACAAGAUGCAUCACUAUCAAGAUGUGCACUGAUGGCAACAAUUGCCACAAAGAUCUCCUUUGACGGGGAUGUUGAGUCAAUGCCCGGGGACCAAAAGACUGGAGAUGUUAACACUAGAGGCGGUAAAGUAGGCGGGGGAGUGGACUGGAGGUGGGUGGCGGUUGGCGGGGCAGUGGCAUUGGUUUUUGGACUUCGUACCGGAACCAUAGGGAAGGUGUUGUUGGUUGGUGCAGGACAAAGGCUUGGUCGAAGAAGAUGAGAUUGCAAUUCUUCUUCUGCCUACGAAGGGUAUGAUAGAGGCUUAUAACGUGUAUAAUAAUUCUAUAUUUUAUUUUUCGGUGCGAUUAUUGGUUAUGGUUUGAAUUUUGUAUGCAUAUAUUCUGUAUUCUAAAUAUCGGUAAAAGUUAACCUCUAUUAUCUAUACUAUAUUAUAAA